CUCCUGCACCUCCUGCUCCUCCCUGCUCCUUCCUCUCUCCUCCCCAUUCCCGGCGCCGCUAAGUUUCUCCCCGGAUUUGGGAGUGGAUCCGGGGCCGGGUCGAGCGGCUCCCCUGCCUCCCUCAUCUCCCUCCCCCCCUCCAUCGGCCGGCCGGCCGGACAGAGGGCCAGAGGGCCAGAGGGCCAGAGGGCCAGAGGGCCAGAGGGCCAGAGGCUCCCGGCUCGGACCCUGACCAUGCUGUGCGGCCGCGGCUGGAGGGGUCAGUCGGAGCGGCCCCCUUGCCCGGCUCCGGACGGUGCCCCCCGGCUGCCCGGCCUCCGGGCGCUGAAGAAGAUGGGCUUGACGGAGGAUGAAGACGUGAAGGCCAUGUUGCGGGGCUCCCUGCUCUGCAAGAUCCGGUCACGCAGCUGGCGGAAGCAGCGGCUCUUCCGGCUGCAGGAGGACGGGAUGACCGUGUGGUUCCAGAGACGCUUCCAGCACGCCCCCUCCCAGCAUGUCUUCUCCGUGCUGCACAUCGAGGGCGUGCGCGAGGGCCACCAGUCGGAGGGUCUGCGGCGCUUCGGCGGCCCCUUCCCCCCGGCCCAGUGUCUGACCAUCACCUUCAAGGGCAAACGCAAGAACCUGGACCUGGCGGCCCCCAGCCCCGAGGAGGCCCAGCGCUGGGUCCGCGGCCUCACCAAGCUCAUGGCACGCGUGGAGGCGAUGAGCCAGAGCGAGAAACUCGACCACUGGAUCCACGAUUACCUGCGCCGGGCCGACACGGACCAGGACAACCAAAUGACCUUCAAGGAGAUCAAGGGCAUGUUGCGGAUGGUCAACGUGGACAUGAAUGACAUGUACGCCUACCGCCUUUUUAAGGAGUGCGACCGCUCCGACAACGACCGUCUGGAGGAGCCGGAGAUCGAGGAGUUCCUGACGCGGCUGAUGAAGCGGCCGGAGCUGGAGGAAAUCUUCGGCCGCUACUCCGGGGAGGACCGCGUGCUGUCGGCCGAAGAGCUGCGGGAGUUCCUGCGGGACCAGGGCGAGGAGGCCUCCCUGCUCCGCGCCCGCGGGCUCAUCCGCACCUACGAGCUCAACGAGAAAGCCAAGAAGCACGGACUGAUGACGCCGGACGGCUUCACCAUGUACCUGCUGUCGGCCGAGGGCGACAUCCUGAACCGGGAGCACGUGCCCGUCUACCAGGACAUGUCCCAGCCGCUGGCUCACUACUUCAUCUCCUCCUCCCACAACACCUACCUGACCUACAGCCAGAUCGGGGGGCCCAGCAGCACCGAGGCCUACGUCAGGGCGUUCGCUCAGGGCUGUCGCUGCGUGGAGCUGGACUGCUGGGAGGGACAGGGCGGAGAGCCGGUCGUCUACCACGGACACACGCUCACCUCCAAGAUCCGCUUCCGGGACGUCGUCCGGGCCGUGCGCGACCACGCCUUCGCGGCCUCCCCGUACCCGGUCAUCUUGUCCCUGGAGAACCACUGCGGACCGGAGCAGCAGGCGGCCAUGGCCCGGCACCUCCGGACCAUCCUCGGGGACAUGUUGGUCACCGAGACCCCGGAUGGGCGCGUGCCCGAGGAGCUGCCCUCCCCGGAGCGGCUGAAAGGCAAGGUCCUCAUCAAGGCGAAGAAGCUGCCCGGGCCGCGGGCCGAGGAGGGUGCCGGCUUCGUGUCCGACGAGGACGAGGACGAGGACCAGGAGGGCGGGGCCGAGGCCUCCGGGCGGAGGAGGAGGGCCAAGGCGACCCUCCAGAUCGCCCCCGAGCUGUCCGACCUGGUGGUGUACUGCCGGGCCGCGCGCUUCCGCGGCCGGGCGCCCCGCCGGCUCCGGCCCCGCCCCGGCCCCCCCCGGGCCUGCCACGUCUGCUCCCUCAGCGAGCGCAAGGCCAGGAAGCUCAUCAAGGAGGCCGGCAACGACCUCGUGCGUCACAACACCCGCCAGCUGAGCCGCGUCUACCCCCAGGGUUUCCGCAUGAACUCGGCCAACUACAACCCACAGGAGAUGUGGAACGGGGGCUGCCAGCUCGUGGCCCUUAACUUCCAGACCCCCGGCUACGAGAUGGACCUCAACGCCGGGCGUUUCCUAGUGAACGGACGCUGCGGCUACGUCCUCAAGCCCGGCUUUCUGCGCUGCAGGGAGACGACCUUCGAUCCCGAGCAUCCCGGCCCCCCUCACACCACCCUCACGGUCGAGGUGCUGACCGCCCAACAGCUGCCCAAGCUGAACGCGGAGAAGCCCAACUCCAUCGUCGACCCGCUGGUGAGGGUGGAGAUCUACGGGGUGCCCGGGGACUGCGCCCGCCAGGAGACCGCCUACGUGCUCAACAACGGUUUCAACCCCCGCUGGGGGCAGCGGCUGCAGUUCCGGCUGAGGGCACCCGAGCUGGCCCUGGUGCGCUUUGUGGUGGAGGACUACGACGUCGCUUCCAGCAACGACUUCGUGGGCCAGUUCACCCUGCCCCUGGGCAGCCUGAAGCGAGGUUACCGCCACAUCCACCUGCUGUCCAAGGACGGGGCCUCCCUCUCUCCGGCCACCCUCUUCGUCCACGUCCGCAUCCAGACCCCGUGAGGGCUCCGCCGCCUCCCCUCUCCCCUCCGCGGGCACCCGGGGGCCCCGCUGGCGGCCCCUUUCCGGGAGGACGCCGGAUGUGACCGGGGGGGGGG